AUGGCAAAGCCUGUUGAAAGAAUAUGCGACAUUAAUGGCGGUAAAGAAUUAUGGAAGGUUUCAAUCAGGGUUCAUCAUAAGUGGAAUGUGAUAAUUCAUAACAAAGAGCAUUUUGAAAUGAUUUUUGUGGACAAAGCGGGCGAUGAUAUACAUAUUACGAGAGGUGCGUCUGUUGGGGAUAAUAACAAACAUGACAUACCUGCGAAACUGUUGGUGUUUACUGGUUUUUCCGAUAUAAUCAGCGGCAAUUAUAACAAGGAUGUGCUGAUAGAUGUAAUUGCAAUGAUUGAGGGGACCACAACAACAACACUCUGA